AGACCGUUGGCUCAGAGUUGUUUGGUCCUCCGGGUGUCCCCUGGGGUGGACACUCAGAGCCAUGGAGUCAACCGGAGGUGACAGCCCCUCCGGGCAGAGCCCUCAGGGCGGACGCUUGAGAGACCGUAGGCCUGCACCAGUGACCGUGCCUCUGCGCGCAGCAGCUACCCAGGUGAUUCCGGCGUCACCGGAGUCCCAGGAAUCUCCCACCUCCCCGGACAGCGAAGAAACCAAGGAGGAUGAGAACGCGGUGCCUGAUUCUCCGUCCAGAAUUGUGGUGAGAAAUACAUUUAUCGACAUCGAUGAGAGUGACAUGUCAGGCUCUGGAGAGCCGGGCUCCCCGGCCCGCGCCGGCAGCGCUCCGGCCUCCCCGACCAACCGGGCAGAUCCCUGGGCCGGUUUUGCAGAAGCUGAAGGAGCAUCCAAGAUGGACGUCGGGUUGCUCAGUUGCCAGCAAAUCACCCCUCGAACGCAGGAACGCUGGCUGCGAGACCUUGCUUCCCCAAAGAAGGUCUCCCGCCCGACGCGGAAGAAGAGUAUUGCAGAGGAAGGGAAGGCCUCAUCGAUGCGAUUGGGUGACUUAUUGAAGCUGGGCAUUCCAGGCCAGCCAGUGGACCGGUUGGAGCAAGAUGAAACUGAAGCGCUAAGCCAGCAGAUGCGAUCCUUAGCCCAGCAAGAACUUUUGCGUUCACAACUUGGUUUGGACCUCGAUGCGGAAGUCUCUGCUCCCCGCUCACGCUUUAACAGUGCGGCCAAUUGGCCAGUCUAUCAACCUGGAUCUCUUCCGGGCCAACCUUUCCUCCAACAUUUGGAGGCUGCUAUGCCUGGAGCUGCAGGUCCAACAGCAGACCUUGAAGGGCAGCUUCCCCGUGGACAGAUCCCAGGCCUGCCAGGAGGGUUGCCUGGCGGCUUACCCGGUGGCCUUCCCGCUGCGCCUUUUGGGGACGCAGGCUCUCGGAUCCCGCAUCAGGACGCUGGUUCCCGCAUUCCCCCACAGCAGGCUUUGUUCCCCAACCCGCUGGAGCCGCCUGGGUGUGGCAUGAACUUGCCGGGCCUUCCACCGUUUCAAACGCCAACUCUGUUCUCAGGGGGACUGAUCACAGCCGGGGGCAUGCUCUUGGCGCAAGGAUUGAGCGCUUUGCAGCAACAGCAGAUUCAACUCGCGCAGCAGCAGGAGCAACUGGAGCGCUUGCGAAUGCAGUUGGGAUCGCAACAAAUAGGCAUGAUGGGACAAGCGCAGGAUCCCUUCAUGCCUUACGGGUAUGCUGACAUGGGCAAAGGUGGUCGGCAAUCGCGGAAAGGCUCAAAAGUUGCUACUGCAGUUCGAGGAAAAAGGAACGAAGAGGAAGUAGGUCGAAAGGUUGAGAAGGGUGGAGGUCAAGAUGACUCAAAGGAGAAGAACAAGGUGCCACUGAGUGGGGGCGGCCCCAAGCGCACAGACUACAUCAAAAAGUUUGGCACAGGUGAAGGACCGGCCUCUGAACCUAAGACUCAGCCCAUCACGACUAUGAUGCUGAAAAACAUCCCUUGUCGCAAGAGCCAAGAAGAGGUCAUGGGAAUUAUUGAUGAUGAAGGCUUUAAGGGCCAGUACGACUUUUUCUACCUGCCACGUGAUGUGAAGUUUCGAGCCAACCUGGGCUAUGCCUUCAUCAACUUUGUGACGCCUGAGGACGCAGCGGCAUUUCAGGGCAAGAUGGAUGGCUACCAAUUUCCGAAUUCAGGUUCUGCCAAGGCCUGUAAUGUGGUCCCUGCACACGUGCAGGGAGCGGUGAACAAUCUCCAAGCCUUCAAGCGCACAGAGGUGAUGAGAAGCAAUCGGAAACCGUACUUCUCCAAUGUAGUGGCAAUGUGAAAGGCUGCUCUCCGAGAAUGGCAGUGCAGUAGCUGGAUAAACUCGCAUGCGCGAGGCACGCUCCGCUCCAGUGUCCAAAGGAGUCACUGGAUCGCCCGUUUUCGUCUCAUCAUAGUGAAGAUACCGUUUUCGGCCGGCGCGAUUUUACACCUUUCAUCGGGUGAGUGGUGAUUGUGGUGCCGUCAUUAUGAUUCCAGAUGGGUGUGGGUCAAACAAUUGUC